AUGGUGGGGAUCUAUUCUUCCAUACACUCAUUGUCUAACCUGUGCCCUUUUUACACCAUGUUGACGUUAAUCUAUAAGGAAUAUCAGAAUGUAAAAUCGCAAAGGAAAGCUCAAUUAGAAAGUAAGAAGCAAGUCAUGCUGACAUCAAUCAACCAAGUUUCAAAUGAAUUAUUGGCUAAAAUUGAUGAAAAUGUUUCAAAGGCCUACAUAAAUCAACAUCGAUUAAAUAGUGAAUUCAAAGAGUUAGUCUCACAAUUACACAUUUAUCAGAAUCAUGUUAACCUGUGGUUGAAAAUGGUAACGGAUAUACGAAGUUCACUGAAGGAAUUAGGCGAUGUUGAAUGUUGGUCAAUGAAAAUGGAAGAAGAUGCAAUGCUGAUUGACCAUUGUUUACAAUCAGUUCUUAGUCGUUACUAAAAUUUCUAGAACACUUGGAUGACUUUUGUCAUUCACUCAACCAACUAACUAACGCUGAUUUUAAGAUCAUGGUAGUUUGCCGCUCAUUUUUGCGUUUCAGUCAGCUAAUGACAAUUGAGUCCUCUUGGCUAUGUGUUUAUGAAUUUAAGCCAGACAUUUGUAUAAGAAAAAUGUACAUACAGCACUCCGUAUUUCUAACUUUUCCAUAAAGUGAUGAACAUUUAUUUCAUUAUUUAUCGUUUUGUUUGUUUAUCUAGUCUGUGUACCUUUCUUCCUGUUAUCACGAUUACUAUUAUUUUUGCGUUUUUCACUUUGAACAUUUUUCGGGUAUUAUUCCACUUGUUCUCCUCUAUUAAUUCUUGAAUUCCCUCACACACACACACACUCUGUUUCUGUACAUAUAUGCAUAUAUAUACGCUGUUGAUUUUCCAGUUCGUUUCCAAGAUGUAUACAUUCUGUCAGAUAUUUUAUAUAAUAUAUGACCUGUUUUUUCAUUUGAUAUUGAACAUACAUUACGUUACUUUUAACAUUAUUAUUAUCAUUAUUAUCAUGAGUCUUCACACGCCUUUUGUAUCAAUCUCCUCACAUGAUUUAUGUAGUUCCUUAAAAACGAUCCAUGUAUAUAUGACUAUACAACUUUAUAGUAUAUUGAUUGGAUAAAGGGACUCUUCACUGAAUGAUUUUCUUUCCUAAUGUUACACACCAACAUGGAAGUUACUGAAUCAUCGUGUAUUUCUUAAGUUUUUUAUUUGCUGCAUUUAUCGUGAUGAUGGUUACACUAAAGUUAGUGGAUGGAUAAAUCACCACGGUUUCCUUUAAGUAUUAAACAGAUUCAGAUCACAA